UCCAACUGCAAACGCUUCCAGAUCAGCUUCCAAGAACUGCAACGUGCCAAUCACUGUAGAAGAACCUCAAUCAUUCCAAACCUAGCACCCUAAGCAACAAAGUACACAAGGUUCUAUUCAAAAAUCAUACAUUCUGUGAGGUUGAAAGUGCUUUUUUUUAUUUGUUCCAAAAUUGUCAAAACUGGACCGAUGGGUCCAAUAACUGUUUCGUGCUGCGUUCAAUAAACUAAACCCCCAAAAUAUCAUCCUAGUAGCUGUCGUUAACCAUCCAGUGUUUGUCCUGUCAUGGAAGGUACCAUGGUCUAGGCCGCAGCUCCAGCAGAGUAUCAUAUACCCAUAGCUCCUGAUUGAUCCCCGGGAACUACAUCCAGUCUAGGCCUACUGACCACCAACCACACCCACAUCCGGAUACGACAGCAACAUACGUCGCAGCUGAUAAACAUGAACCUGAAUCAGCACAGUGGCCCUGGACCGCCGUCGGGCGAUCAGGUGGACUCCUCAUCCUCCUCCGUCUCAGCCUCAGUCUCAGCCCACACCUCCCCCUUUGUCUGGCCCAGCACAGCGGGUAUGUGCAGCAGCAGUAGCCCCGCCACCUCAUCAGCAGCAGCCCCAGCACUGGGCGGAUUAGCUUACAAGGGAGCAGGAGCCGCCACAGCCAACGGAGAUGCCAUCACGGAACUCCACAACGGAGCAGGUGGGAUCACGAACGGCCUCCCGCCGGCGCCUGUUGCGCGGACCAUAUCGUCGGACCGCCUCGUCACCGGCAUCUCGUGCCGGGCGCUGCGGACGGCCGUCUCGGCACUGUACUCCGUCGAUGAUUUCGUCAAGGAGAAAAUUGGCUCGGGAUUUUUUUCGGAGGUGUACAAGGUCACACAUCGUACGACCGGGCAGGUGAUGGUCCUGAAGAUGAAUCAGCUGCGGGCCAACCGGCCGAAUAUGCUGCGAGAAGUCCAGCUGCUAAAUAAGCUAUCGCAUGCGAAUAUAUUGAGCUUUAUGGGCGUCUGCGUGCAGGAGGGCCAACUGCACGCCCUGACCGAGUACAUCAACGGCGGCUCCCUGGAGCAGCUGCUGGCCAACAAGGAGGUGGUGCUCAGCGCCACGCAGAAGAUAAGACUGGCGCUGGGUAUAGCGCGGGGCAUGGCCUACGUCCACGACGCCGGCAUCUUCCACAGGGAUCUGACGAGCAAGAACGUGCUUAUACGCAAUCUGGCCAAUGAUCAGUACGAAGCCGUCGUGGGUGACUUUGGACUAGCCGCAAAGAUACCAGUUAAAUCCAGAAAAUCACGCUUGGAGACCGUCGGCUCGCCGUACUGGGUCAGCCCGGAGUGCCUGAAGGGCCAGUGGUACGACCAGACCAGCGAUGUCUUCUCCUUCGGCAUCAUCCAGUGCGAGAUCAUCGCCCGCAUCGAAGCCGAUCCGGACAUGAUGCCGCGCACUCAAUCCUUUGGCCUGGACUACCUGGCCUUUGUCGAGCUCUGUCCCAUGGACACGCCACCCGUGUUUCUGCGCCUCGCCUUCUACUGCUGCCUGUACGAUCCGAAGAGCAGACCCACUUUCCACGAUGCCAGCAAAAAGUUGACGCUUCUGCUGGAGAAGUACGAGCACGAGUCGUCGGCGGGAGCGAGUCCUCUGAGCUCACUCGAGCUGAUCAACUGCUCGCCAGGAGGCAGUGACUCGGAGCACGUUGCGGCAACAGCCACGCCACUCACCUCAGCGCCCACCGUAGCCACCAUUUGCACGGCUCCGGCGGGUGUGUUGACGCCACGUCACCUGAGGGAAGUGGACGAGGAAGGCUUCCGUUUCCCGAGCAAGAAGUCAGCAUCGGCCGCCCUACCAGGCACUCCGAACGGAUCCGCCGGCAGCACUGGCUUCGAAGACCACAUACUUAAGUCGCGAGUGCGGCGGGCCACCCAAAAACUGGAGGCCGAGAUCCUGCUGCACCGACGCUCGCUGAGCGAGAACAUCAUCCACUUCCCGAUGCACACGUCGCCUAGCGAUAAGGCGCGAUGCCAUCAGAUGACGCGCCAGCGCUCCUCCACCCACUCACCAACCCCGCCGAGGCAACUCUCUUCGGUCCAGUUGCCCGCCACUGCUAUUCCCGAUCCCCCGCCACUCCCGCAACCGGUGCCCGCUGUGCUCACACUCCGCAAGGUGGGCGAAACCAUGUGCCUCAAGGAUCCACAGUACAAACGGCCGACUGGCAAAGACCACAAUGGCUCCAAGCCGAAUCCCUUCGAGGCCUUGGCUCAGCUGCGCGGCGUGAAGAAGAUUCUAGACGCCAAUCCCAAGACCUAUGCGGCGGGCGUGGGUGAUCUGUUCAGCUCGUGCUUCGAGAUGCUGGCUCCGUUCUUCAAAGAACUGGCCGCCAUGCAGGGCAAGGCGGUGCCGCAAGGUGCGGGAGCUGGUUCAGCUGAGGGCAGUGAUGUGGCAACACAGGCGGCGGCAACGGCAGCCACACCCAGUGAACCAAAGAGUCUGCCUGUUUCGCCACACAUGACCCGCAAGUACAGCGCCAUCGAGCUUCGACUCCCGCAAAGGAUUAGCAAUGCUGCCCCGGCAGCGGCAGCGGCCCCUGCCCCUGAACCCAGUUCAGCACCAGCUGCAGAGGAACUCCCCGCGGAUGAGGAUGAUUGUGAUGAGUGCAACUCGGAGGGCGAGGAUCCCGAUGGAGGCGGCAACUGUGCGGAUGCGGAGUCCAGCAGUGAUGACAGUGCCGUUCGCCCCCCCACCGUGUCGACCGCUCGCAAGUAUCGUGCAAACUCCCUGUACACGCAUCCGCUCUUUCGGGGCUCCAGCGGCACCAGCCUGAAGAGCAACAGCACCAGCGAGUUCGAAAGUCCGGCUCUGCUGAAGGCCAGUGCCUCGACGCUGACGCUGACGGCCUCCACAGUGGGCGCUUCCAACUCCAACGAGGACCUGACUGACUGCAAAAAAUCCAAAGAACAAACGGCUGCCAGCGCCGCAGCCAUCACCGCCCUACCUUCACCUACACCCCUCUCCUCGGGCUGCUCGGCUAGAUUGGCCGAGACGCCGGCAUCCGUGUCCUCCUACACCGACCUAGAGCUGGACGAACUGAAGAAUACCUGCGAUCUGAGCGAGCUGAAGAACUCCUGUGAACAGCUGCCCUCGAAAACGAAUCUUACGCGCCGCGACUCCAUCGAAAGUGGCUUCUUCUCGUGCUUCAACGAGGAAUCGGAUGCUGCCAUAACCAACAACAGCUUCGGCCGGCAGUUCAACGGAAUGGGAUCCCUGGGAAUGGGAUGUGGCGGCGGCGGCGUGAACAGCAGCAACUGCUGUUACGAGCAGUUGAAGACGCAGCUACUGCUCGACGCAGGAAGUGGCGCCAACAGUGAACUCAAUGAUAAGCUGGCGAGUCUGUGUCGAUGCUGUUACUACGCUACCUCAACAUCCAAUGCAGCCGUGACUGCCGCAGCUGCUGCAGCUCAGCAACAACACCACAACCAGCUCCUCAACGACACCUCUUCCACGUCCUCAUCUGUGCUGCUAAUCGACAACGAUCCCUGCGUCCUCGGAGGCAACACCUCGUCCUCUACAGCUUUGGACUCGAUGGAUGACCUGGACGCCGAGAUUGUGCCCGCCCGGCAGGUCCACCAACGCCGCUAUACCUGCCACCAUGCGCUGCUGGGGGGCAACGGAAGCGAUUCUCAAAUGGCAGCCACCGCUGGACUCAUCAACCGCCUGGCCUUGGAUUCAGAGAUCCAUACGUUGCUCCAGCGCAGCCCAUUUGCCACGAACCAGCUGCUGUACUGCAAGAACCGAACCUCCUCCAUCUACACCGACAGCUCCGAUGACAUCAGCAGUCUGGCAGGGUCGGACUCGUUACUCUGGGACGAUCGCUCCUUCACGGCGCUGCCUAGUACACGUUCCGCCCAAAUAGCCAAGAUAGUUGAGUACUUCGAGCGGAAGCGGCAGGACUCCUCGCCACCGUCGAUGCAUCAUCGGACCGGAAACGGAACUGUGGCCGCCGCCGUGGCUGCAUCGGCCCUGGGAUCCAACUACCUCUCGUACGAGUCGCGCCGCUAUUCGGACUUUAAGCGGCACCUGAACGCAGAUGCCCUGUGCUUCGACUUGGACAAGAAGCCGGCCCAGCAGCGGAUGAUGGUGUGCGAGGGGGCCGUUAAAUCGAAGCUGCCGCUCUUCGACAAGAAAAAACAACAGCAGGGCGGCUAAGGGACGGGAUAUACAUAAGCUCAUUCGUUCAGUCACCUUGUUAGAUUCAUUGAGAUUUUUAUCCUCAUACCCGAUUCCUUCACAUCUGGCAGCCACGCAUGCUAACAAUACAGAAUAGUUUGUCCACAAAAGUUUGUUAGUUUCCGAUGCCUGAAAAGUGUACUUUAGUUGAUAGUUUUAUUUCCUUAUAAUGUCAUGUGUAUAGAGAGCAAUUUCAAAUAAGCAAA